AUUAUUUUUUUUUUCUUUGUAGUAGCUGUCAUGGCGGGAAUGUGGUGCUCGAAACUUUGAAACUUGUAUGAGCGUUGAGCACCACAGAGAUUACGAUGUGCUCGCUUUCUGGGUUCCCUGAUCCACCCGGAAAAGGUUUAACGACCCUCUAUGAGCAGCAUGGGCACCUGCAUUCAGGAACCGAGCAGGAAUGGGCAAACUUUGGCCAACAGUUAACAACCUACCGAUGUAUAUCUGUCGCCCGAGAAACGGUCAGGUCGUCGGUGUCGAGCGACAGCACCGCACCGCCAUUCCUGCUUCAGCACGAAUCCAUCUGGAGACAAGCAGUGAACUCGUGGCGUGACAAGGGGUUUAUCGGCUUUCUCGAGCAGCUUGCACGGUACAGAGAAACAUCCCCAGCAUGGUCUCUUGCAAGGUUUGCAGCCAAGUCUCUCAUGGUUGGCAUGAACUGGUUCUACUCCCACGGAUUAAUUUUCCCACAUCUGCUGCUCUCUGGAGAAGCACUGUGUCAAGAGUACUCCCUGGCUUUGGAUUGGGGGCGCGGCCACGUGAGAGCUUUUGCCUGGCAUCCACAGACCCCCAAAUUCGCAGUGGCUUCCCACGGAGACCUGGUCCGCGUCUAUGCACCAAACGUCGGCAUUGUGCCCCUGCUCAAGCACAAGUCGCAGAGGAACAUCACUGACAUGGCCUGGAAGCCCUACUGUGCCUCGUUGCUGGCUGUGGCCUGCCAAGAUGGAGUCGUCCUGUGGCAACUGGAUCCCAUGUCCCUCAUAGGAAGGCCGUCAUCUGCUUACGCUUCCCUGCUGUCCCGCCGGGGCCACCAGCCCGUUACCAGUGUUGCAUGGCAUCCCAAGGGAAGCCUCCUGGCCUCUGCAUCUCCAGCUGAUUCGUCCAUGUUGAUCUGGAACGUGUCCACUGAGGAGUGUGUUCCCCUGUGCCGGCUGGCUGGAGGGGGCGUCUGCCUGCUCAGGUGGUCCCCCGAUGGAGCCCACCUGCUCGCGGCCGCUCCACAGAGUCUCUUCAGGGUCUGGGACACGCAGUUCUGGCGCUGCGACCGGUGGUCAACGUUCCAGGGACGGUGUCAGGCGGCGUGCUGGAGUCCUGACGGAGCACAGCUGCUGUGCGCGUUCUCGAACAGCCCCGCGCUCUAUGCGGUUUCUUUCCCCAAGCCUCUGAACCCGUGUCUGGGUGAUGAGGAAGAAGACUCUGCCUGGAUCCCUCACUCUUCGGCGGGUUCAGGCAGCGGUCUCCCCGUGGUGGACCUUGCCGAAGUGACGCUGUCGGCCCUUUCGGGACACCCAGAGAACAUCAAGGUCGGAGGAACUGUGCAGAACAUGGCUUGGGACAAGCACGGAGAGAGACUGGCUGUCUCCUUUAGAGACCACGGACAGUAUGUUGCUCUCUUCUGCACAAGGACAUCUCCGAUGCUCGAAGUCAGUCCCUGCGGCUUUAUCUCCGGGCCCCAUGGGGAGCAUGCCCAGCUGUUGAGCUUCUAUGACGGCUUCGAGGGUGGUUCCUUGCUCACUGUGUGUUGGAGCAACGGAGUCGUGAGUCACGUUCCCCUCUACUACUGUCCCCUCUCCCAAGAACCGACAGAGAAGUCCUUCGCUGCGUCGCCCUUCCCACUCCAGCGGAUCGUCGGGUCACCCCUCUACAGCUCCUGAUCUGCUGAGUAGAACCGGGAGGAAUCUGCAAUCCUGCUACUGUAUUAAACUAUUUUUAGAAUGACUCUAGUAUAAUCCUCAAAUUU